AUGGACGACCCUCUUAUCCAAGCAUUGCCUCCGGCUACGGACUACCUGACUUAUCUUACUCUGCUAGAAUAUCAGUUAACCCCCAAACGUCUGCCACUUUUGCACACCCUCCUGCAAGAUGAGAAGCUUACGACGAACAUCGGCUGGGACUUGGUCAAGCUGCUGCUGCCCAUGCUACCAGCGUCCACAGAAUGCCUACAGGAUGUGGCUCGCCUAGGCAAUCCCCGAGAAGUGAUCUUGCGCGUCUCUGAGUCUUUGAUGCAACUUCAGCCGGAGGACGCGGACGAGGAUGAAAAGGCUGGUCAGGGACUGCCCUUGCACAUCCUACAAUUCAAUUGUCUUCUCGGCAUGCUUUCGGUACUUCACACACGGAUCCAGACAAAAGCGCCAAGUCGGUUCAUAGCAACCUCCCUCCAAGCAGCACUGGAAGCGUAUGCCACAAUGGUGACCAAUGAGACCACCCUCGCCUUCCUCGAGUUCUUCCGCGAAGUGUCCCCCUCCAAGCGGCCUGCACCACCCCCCAGAACUGCUAGCGAGUCGAGCGUCCUGAAAGUUGCCGCUGCCUCCGCACCAGACCCCGAAGCUGAGGUAUCCACGCCCUCUCCCUCUACCGAUAACGAAACCCUCCUUGUUCGGAAAUUCAUUCAGUUCGGUUUGCUUGAACUGCUGAAGUCAUAUCUUUUGAGCUUCUCCAGUCCAAUGGACCCGGGAAUGUCGUGGACCAUUCGCAUGCAGGAACACCUGCAUCCGGAUCUGCGGCUACCCGGCACCAAAUCGCAGACCGAUGCAUAUGGAUCGACCAAGGAGCUCAAGGAGCGCGAUAUGGUGAUGGGAAAACUUAUGGCUCUAUCGCGAGACGUUGGAAUUGAUAACGAGGAACUCUUGUCAAUCAUAUCCGGACCCCCGACAGAUCAGACUGCUCCACUUGAUUUCGAUGAAUCACCAAUAAACCCCAACCAGAUUCCGCUAGAACGCCAUGGUUCACUCCUACUACUAGCGGCUCGAGCUGCAGGCGCAACUCUCUUUACCUCUGGGCAACCGCUCCGUCAGGUAUCCGUUUUCCCUGAGCUGAGUCAGAUAUUUAACAACUUUGUCGGCGGCCACACCAAUCUCGACGAAGUGGCUUUCGGUCAACCCCAUGCGCUUCUCGACUCCCUGCUGGCUUUGACUGUCUACGCACUGCAAACCCCCAUCGAAUUCCCGUCAAGCGAUACCGAGUUUAAGGAUUUCGUUAUCAUCUUGACUGCAUGCACAUCACGUCAGAGCCACGGCAUAGUUCGCCAGAUCCCAGCUGCCAUUGUCCAGAGCCAUCCGUCAGCUGAGACGCGAUUUAAGCUCAUAUACAAGAUCUUGGAAGAUGACCAUCUUGCCUCGGCGCGGGAUAGCGCCAUCGCAUGGCUGAAGGAUGAAAUACUCCGCAGUCCCCAAUCUGCGGACAAUAUAUUCCAGGAUCCUCUCUACUUCUGGGCUCUACUGCCGGCUCUUUUCAAACCGGUCACUGCCGCCAGCUCAGCAUCCGAUCUCGUUGCUAGCUGGUCUCGUCUAACCCAAAUUCAAGGCCCACCACUUCAUUCUGCGUUGAAUCUGUAUUACUUGCUGCUUUCCUCGCCAUCGCUACGUGACCGGCUCCAGCUCGACAAGACUUCCAAGUUCUUCCGUAACCAUGCCCUGAACCCUCUCAGGCAAGUGUUCCAGAGCUUCGAGGACGAUCUCACCGCCAAAGGAGGCGAGGGUGUUAUUGAAGCUGCGGUGGGCGAGGAGAUGUGCCGGAUUGGCAAUGCACGGUCUAUCGGACUUAUUGGCCUUACACUAGAUCAAAUCGAGGAGACAUCCAGCGAUGCAUUUGGUUCCGAUGAAGGCGAUCUGGGCAAAUUUUCCGAGGCUGAAGAGGCUAAGGUGUCUGAAAUCCGGAAGAAGAUGGAUAUCUGGGAAUAA